AUGCUGUGCCGUGCGCUACUCCACCGCGCUUCGGGCGCGCCGAUCGGUGAGUACCGUAAGUCCUCACCGCUUGCCCUGCAGUAUCUCUUAGAUAGCUACCAGUGCAGCCAGGAAGAUGACCACCUGUCUUACGGGGAAACGGGAACUCCAGUCCCUCCUUUCGGCUGCACCUUUUCCUCAGCCCCGAAUUUGCAGCAUGUGCUGGCAGUUGCAAAUGAAGAAGGAUUUGUUAGACUGUAUGAUACUGAGGCUCAGACUACCAGCAAGCUUAUCUUUAAAGAAUGGCAGGCUCACUCAAAUGCUGUGUUUGACCUUGCCUGGGUACCAGGGGAACACAAGAUUGUCACUGCAUCAGGAGAUCAGACAGCCAAGGUGUGGGAUGUGAGAGCUGGUGAGCUUCUUGGCAUAUGCAAAGGUCACCAGUGUAGCCUCAAGUCAGUUGCCUUUUCUAGAUUUGAGAAAGCUGUCUUCUGUACUGGAGGCAGAGAUGGAAACAUCAUGGUUUGGGAUACCAGAUGCAACAAGAAAGAUGGCUUUUACAGGCAGGUGAAUCAAAUCAGUGGAGCACACAACGUGGUUGACAAGCAAACUCCUUCCAAACCAAAGAAGAAGAGGCAGAACCUAAGAGGAUUUGCUCCUUUGGUGGAUUUCCAGCAGAGUGUAACUGUGGUGCUGCUUCAGGAUGAGCAUACUCUUAUCUCUGCAGGAGCUGUUGAUGGUGUGAUUAAGGUCUGGGAUUUGCGCAAGAACUAUGCUGCCUAUCGUCAGGAGCCAGUGCCUUGCAAGGCUUUCUGCUACCCUGGGACCAGCACUCGCAGACUUGGCUAUUCGAGCCUGGUGUUGGAUUCCACUGGCACUAAUUUAUUUGCUAACUGCACUGAUGACAGUAUCUACAUGUUCAGUAUGACAAGUCUAAAGACUGCUCCAGUGGCUGCUUUCUGUGGGCACCAGAAUUCAACCUUUUACAUCAAAUCCAGCACCAGCCCCGACGACCAGUUCCUGGUCAGCGGCUCGAGUGACUGCAAUGCGUACAUCUGGAAGGUUUCUGAGCCCAGCCUUCCUCCACGGAUCCUCCAUGGCCACUCUCAAGAAGUUACCUCCAUCACUUGGUGUCCUUCAGACUUCACUAAGAUUGCCACCUGCUCUGACGACAACACCGUGAGGAUUUGGCGCUUGCAACGUCACCCCGAGGAGAAGAGAUCAGCGCUCAACAAGAUCAACUUGGUGGGCUGGGUCAUGCAGAAGAGACCAGCAGAACAGCAUGGAGCAGGACCACCAGCCAGUCUACACACCACUCCUGCCAAGGCCUUCACAGCGGGCAGCCUGUGCGUUUCCUCGCCACAGCUGGCUGCCUGCGCUCCCACUCAUUCUGGAGACCUUCCCCUGUCUACAAACACUCCAACAGGCACUCCUAAAACCCAGACAGCCACAGCCUGCACCCCAGCCCCAGAGAGUAAAGCCAGCCCAUGCGCUUCUCCCAGACUGGUCCCUUCCUCCAAAAUGUCCAUUAAGCAUUGGGUUACAAGGACUCCAUGCUCUUCUCCUCCAGAAGUGAGUAAAAAGGCUCCUUCUCCUAGAAAAGCCCUGGUAGAAGUUACCCAAGGUCUCCUGGAAGCUUCUUCCCCUCCUAAAGCCCAACACUCGCAGUGUGAAAAGCGUGCCAAGAGAAGGCUUGACUGCAGCAAGGAGGACAAUGCAGCACAAAAGUGUCUGCAGGCCUGUAGCUGUGUGACUGAACUGGACCAUGUGGUCAAAAACUCCAGACUGAAUUUAUGCCACUUGGGUGCAGAGCAAAAAGCACGUGAUGAAGGCUCUGUCAGCCUGGCUGACUUGGAUAACAACUGUGAAAGCUCCAGCUGCAGCCCAAAAGAGCCUGCCUUGCCUGGAAGCCCUGUCGAGCCAUUGGGUGCUCAAACUCCUCCUCAUCUCUUCAGAUCUCCAUGUGGGAAAGACACUGAGGUAGGAGAUAAAGAGAACAGCUCACCUGAAAGAAAAAACUGGCUGUCUGCUCUGGGGGAGAAGCUACGGACCGGCAGAGGCGGUAGUCAGAGCGCAUCGAGCAGCCCCCCGCCGUCCGUCAGCCCUGCUGCCAAACGACAAGAGGCUGUGGCAGCAGCCACUUCACUGAGAGCUGCUGCAACCACUUCAGUUUCCAUGAGGAAGAUCUGCACAUACUUCCACAGAAAGCCACAGAAUGACUGA